AUGAAUGACUGUAUUGAAAUGAUCGCUAAUCACACGAACCGAUGCCUGUUGUCAUCGAUGGCCGACGAACUGAUCCGGAAGACAGUGCUGUUGAGCUGCGGCUCAUUUAACCCGAUCACGAAUAUGCACUUAAGGAUGUUUGAGUUGGCCCGAGACUACCUCACCCGAGACGCCCGACCCCGGCAUCACGUGGUGGAGGGCAUCGUAUCGGUCACUCAUGACGGCUAUCGCUCGCCAUCUAAUAAAAGUCUGGCGCCGGCCGUCGACCGCAACCGUAUGGCCGAACUGUCGCUCCAAGCGCUUGACGGCCGACCGCNGCCCGACCCCGGCAUCACGUGGUGGAGGGCAUCGUAUCGUCUGGCGCCGGCCGUCGACCGCAACCGUAUGGCCGAACUGUCGCUCCAAGCGCUUGACGGCCGACCGCAUUGGGUUCGCGUCGACCCCUGGGAGAGCCAACAGCCGCGAUGGCAGCGGACACUCACAGCGAUGGCUCACUUUCGGGCUGAGGCUAAGCGCGAGGAUCCCGACGUGAAUGUGAUGUUUCUGUGCGGCGCCGACCUCUUCGAGACAUUCAAUAUACCCGACCUCUGGAAGGACGACGACAUUCGCACCAUUUGUGGUGAUUUUGGAUUAGUUGUCAUCACUAGAGAGGGUUCCGAUCCCUGGCGUACGCUUGAGAGCAGUCCGAAGGCAGAGAUUUUGCGUCAAUACAAGAGUAAUAUUGUGAUCGUUGAGGAGAAGAUCCCCAAUUCGGUGAGUUCUUCGGCGGUGAGGGAAGCGCUGAAAUGCGGUCGAAGUGUUAGGUAUUUAAUGCCCGACCCCGUCCUCCAGUAUAUUCAGGACAAACACUUUAUUAACGUUAUGGUUUUCAUUCAAUUGGGAAAUGGAUUCAAGUUUUGCGAUAAAUUCAAAGAAAACAAUUACAAGAUAUCUUACGGUUACAGACAUAUAGUGAAUGCAAACGACGCGUUCAGACAUUACAUCUUCAUUGGACACGACUUCUGGCGAUUGAAACCAAACGACGUAAUGGAUGACAAACUCAAGACAGUGUCCAUCGAUGUGGAGAGCAGUGGACACAGCGAUUGGUUUGGCGGCGAGUAUUCAAAGGCUAUUUGUCUGUUAUAUCUGCCAAUCGAUAACAUGGAUAAAAGACAGGAAGAGUACGGCAUCAGUGGACUCAUGAAGUCGGGAAGUAAAGACAUUGAAUGGAGUGUUUUGGACGCAAACCUCAACAUUAAUCGCAAAUAUAAGCCAUCGGCCAAAUCGAGUUCUGACGACUCUAUGACAGCGACUAUGUCUUGGGUUAUGAACUACGCGGACGCGCGCAAAAACUCCACACAUCUGAGACAUGUGUACUUCUGGGACGGAUCUAAGGCACUGUCCCGUCAUUUCAACGACUAUAAGAAGCCCAUAGACAAGAAGCCCUUUGUCGACGAACGCCAUUAUAAACUUUACGACCAAAUCCUCGCCAAUCGGAAAGCGUUUCCAGUGAUCGCAGUCUUAGGCCAUAGAGUUGUCGGACAAAACGAUGACAACUCGUUGAUUGUAUUGUUUCAAAACAAAUACGAGAUUAAGUAUUGUUAUACUGAUCUCAACAAAUCCGAGGAUCGGAUUCCAGAAGUGUGCGAAGACAAGAAUCUGAAGACAUUGAUUGACUGCACGUCGACUUCAAGUGCCACCGAUUUGUCGUCGAUUUUGAUUAUAUUAAUGAUACUAAUUGUGAUCGUAAUGGCUAUCGUUGUGGUGAUCGCUGUUGUCUACGAUCGCUGCCGAAAGUCCAAAGGAGUUGACUCCCUUUCUGUGGCGAGUUAUGCGUCGGCAGUCAGUGUCGCCAAGAGAUCUGAACUCGUGAAUAUGGAAAAGAGUAAAAGUGUUGUCCAAAAGCCGUCACCUCAAAAGCCAAAGUCCUCUAAAAUAUGA